AUGACCUCGCCGCGGCCCCCUGCACCUCCUCAUGCGACAGCAUCUUCGAUGGCCGCCGUUGAGGAGCCCACGCUGCACGACGCAGCCGACGCACAUGCCGGGAUAAACCCAGGUAUUGCGCCAGAGGAAGGGGAACUAGAUCAGUUCGAUAUUGUUCUUCAGCAGGACGCGGCCGCUAGCAGUGGUAAUGCACAAGUGCCCUUCCGGAACCGCAGCCCGUCCAACACCGGAACACACUCGCCAUCUGGGGCCACCCCACCUUUGGCUGUCGGCGGCUACGCAGCCAGCACCGGCAGCAGCGGUCUUGUUGUCUCCUCGACCGCCCACUACAGUGGUGCGGCGGGAAGCAAUCAGCGCUGCAGUCCUAGUGUCCUGUUCCAGGGCGCCGCGAGGCGCCUGCCUUCUGUGGCUGGCGCGUGCCAAGCAUCCGCCAUCACCCAAGAUAGAGACCAAUGUGCUCGACUCAUCCACCAGAUGGCGUCGGCGUGCCGCGGCGAGCUGCACUUGCACGGGUACAGCGGCAGUGCUGGCGGCAGCACCACGUCCGUAGCCUCUCCCGGCGGAGAUCCGCGAGCGACAAGCUCGCCAGCUGCACAGCAGUCCUCCACCGCAUCCGUCGCGGCUGUUGUUUCCGGGCUGGAUCCGCACAUCUUUGAAGAGGAGCUGAGCCUGCUCACUGGCAUCAUACUGGAGGCAAACAUGGCCCACAACCCGCAGUGGCAACCUCAGUUUGCACACCGCAGUAACCAUCAUGCCAGCAGCAACAGCAACGGUGGCUACGUCUCUCCACCACAUGGCAUGCUGAGAGCCUCGCCGCGCAGCGGUGGUGGCGGAGCCCAAUCCCUAGCAACAGCUUCAGCGGCGGCAACAGUGCCCACGGCAGCAAGUCUGUUCGGCGCAAGUGCCGGCGUGGCUGCCCGCUCCCACUCACGUGGAUCUCCUGCCGGCGGUGUACCCGGGAUACAUCUCGCGUCGAACUACUUGACGAGCGUCACGGCCAGCAACAUCAACAACGACGGCCGCUCAACGAUCGACACCGAGGUGAGCGACUCGCUGUGCCGCAUCUCCCAUCUCGGCGGGGGCGGCGGCUCGAACUACCACAUGUACAUGAUGGAGCAUGGUGUCCGCCCCAUGAACCCCUGUCAAGGCGCCGCUCCGUUGUCGGGUGCCACGGGCGGAAGCGUUCGGAGCAUCUCCCACCUGCAACAGCAUCAGCAGGCAUGGACGGCCCUCAUACACGAUAGUGUGAGCAAUCCAGGUCACCUCGAUCGUGCUGCGAUCGCCAGUCUUACUGGUCAAGCCUCCCGGCGGCCGAGUGGCAGCGCAGCACGUAGCACCAGCGCCACUGUCAAACACCCUCGUGCGGUGAAGCCAGAGGUGAGCAGCGACGGCGGCCGCAUACGUGGCCCGCGCAGUCGCACAGGCAAGAACGUGGCACCCAGCAACCACUCCGCCUUCUCCGAGUGCUCCGGCGGCGAAACACGCAGCUGCCGUUCCACCCUCACUGGCGCGCACCGCGUGCUCUCCUCCUCGGCGAACGCAACUACCAACACAUCCUUGUCCAGCAGCGUCUUCCACCAGAUCCAGGUAGACCACGGGAUGUCCAUGAACGGUGGUAACGGCCGCACCAACAACGCAUAA